AUGGCGACUCAAAUUUCUCGAAGCAGGGCCCUGGCCUCAGCUCUGCGGCCUGUGAAGCCGUCGGUACAGGCUCGCAGCGAGCAUGCAAUUCGGUGUUUGUCCAGUUCGGCUCGCCAAUAUGUCGCAAUGCCGAAGGAGGUUUCCAACACGCGAAUGGCUCCCCGAGACCACAUUGGCACGCUCAAGGCGCCCAUUGUCAACCCGGCCGACAAGUACCAGAGCAAGGCCGACAAUAUGCACCGAUAUGGCGCCUGGCUCAUGGGUUGCAUGCCCAAGUACAUCCAGCAGUUCUCCGUGUGGAAGGAUGAGCUCACCAUCUACAUCUCGCCCUCCGGCGUCAUUCCCGUCUUCAGCUUCCUGAAGUACAACACCGCAGCCGAGUUCACACAGAUCAGCACCGUCACUGCCGCCGACUACCCCACGCGCGAAAACCGUUUCGAAGUCGUCUACCAGCUUCUGUCUGUCCGUCACAACUCUCGCCUCCGCGUCAAGACCUACGCCGACGAGGCCUCUCCGGUUCCCAGCAUCACUGGCCUUUUUGACGGCGCCAACUGGUACGAGCGUGAGGUUUACGAUCUCUACGGUGUCUUCUUCGCCGGCCACCCCGAUCUGCGAAGAAUCAUGACCGACUACGGCUUCGAGGGCCACCCGCUACGCAAGGAUUUCCCCCUAACAGGAUACACCGAAAUUCGCUACGAUGAGGAGAAGAAGCGAAUUGUCACCGAGCCCCUUGAGCUCACCCAGGCGUUCCGUAACUUUGAGGGUGGUUCCAGUGCCUGGGAGCCUGUCGGUGCUGGUGAGAACCGCACACCGGAGUCUUUCAAGCUCCCGACGCCCAAGCCCGAGGAGAAGAAGGAGGAGCCGAAGAAAUAA